UUCAACAAUUUCCUGUUAACGCUAGAGGCGCCUCUGUUGUUGAUGGCUUCUUGCUGCUAGAUUGAUGUAGCCUUUUACUAGAAGCAGUCAUCCCUUGCUUGCUAGCCAAUAUGAUAACAUUUAAUUGGUUGCAAAUGACAACCUAAUGGCGUCUUUACAAUGCUUCUUGUUUUCGUUCGUUAGCCAUCUUUCCGUCUGAUUCAGCACCCUUGACAGUUAAAUGGCAGUUCCCUUCAAAAUCCCCAAGAGAAAACAGCCAUCAGAAGCUGACAACAUGCACAUGCAGUCCCCUCUCUCACGUCUCCGGGAUACCUCCAGCCCAUUCGAGACAAGCUGGUGCAAUGGCUCUUCAAAUGGAAAAAGGCCUGAACAGGUUGGUUCUCUGAAUGGACACAUCCCCAGAGCAGGGAAACAGAGCACUCCUAACUGGCUAGUUCUGAGGGAUGUCUGUGAAGGGCAUCUUGGACCAGGCCAAUUAGACAAAUGGACCUCCAGCCAGUCAACAGGCUUUCUGAGACCAGCUCAGACCCCAGAACAUCAUCCACCAUCCAGAACACCUCACAUCCAAUUAAGCCCUGUGACAUCAUCAUCAACACACAAAGCUGGACAAAGACUCCCAGCAGCCUCUCCUCCCUGCUUCAAAAAUGGAUGGCGCCCUAAGAGGGCAUCAGACACACUGUGCCGGGACAAGAAUCAAGAGACUUGGUGUGUGUCGCCACUGCUCAAGAUGUGCCGUGCAGAGUUCAGUGGAGAUUCCCAAAUGUCUGUGAGAUGCAGCCCAGUGGAGUCGGAGCAUGAUUCUGCAUCAGAACCAUCUCCAGAAAGAGAGGUGGACAGUUCCUCAAAGACGGACGACAGGCUCUCUGUCUCCCCGGGAGACUCAACAUGGAGGAGACGUGACUCUGGGAUGAAUGGAUCUCCUCCACAAAACACAGAGGAGGGGAAGGGAAGUUCAGGAUCACUGCAGAACCAGAUCAAGAGGACUAGUGGUUCACCAGGGACGGGCCCCAGGGGAAGUGUCCCUAUCCCAGCAGGCCACCGAAGCCAGAGCCCAGAUAGUGAUGACUCUGCCGACCGCCCCUUGAUGUCAGGGGCCAGAGGUGCAUCCACAGGGUCCCCAAGACACCCCCUCGCCGCUGUGGCUUCAGUGACCCAGGCCACACAGGAGAAGCGGUUUUCCUUUAGCAGGCCUCCCCUCCAGGCUAACCUCAGAGACAGAGAGAGCAGGCCUCCCCUCCGGGCUAACCUCACAGACAGAGAGAGCAGGCCUCCCCUCCGGGCUAACCUCACAGACAGAGAGAGGAGGCCUCCAACCAAGUGUCUCUCCCUCCAUCUCAGGCUGAGGAGGCCCAAGCCCACUUCCACAGAACCUAUUGUGCUUUCCAGUGAGGAUGAGGAGGACAUGGAUGAUGAAGAAGAGUGCCCCAGGCUGAAGACCCCACAACAGAGCCCCAGGCAAGGCCAACCCACCCCAGAGGAACAUGUACCCAAACAGGCUGUGGUUGGAGAGAAGGUCACGGGGUCACAGAGCGUAUCGGAGCACCAACCUGGCAGCACACAGCCACUGCCUCCUAUCAUGGAACUGUCCUUCUCUACACUGCACGCUGGGGUGGUCCGAGCGCAGGCCAAUGGAAACCUGGUGGUAACAGAUGAUGGCAUCACUCUACCGCUGAAAGAUUCCAGGGUGUCAUCCGAGGAGGAGGAGGGGGUGUCGGUGAGCCUGGUGGCGUCCCAGCUCAGAGGGUACGCGGUGUGGGACGGGGGUCUAGCCCAAAACGGGAGACUCUUCCAGGGUUGUCCCGGCCGAGCGGCCCCCUCCCUGCUCUUCCUCUGGGUGUCUGAGGCUCAGGCCAACCUGGUACAGACAGAGCUCUCAGCCCUCCACCCCGUUACACUGCCUGGUCAGGCCUGUCCAUUCCUCCUCCUGGUCCUAAGAGAACAGCUGGGUGAUCUGCAGGCUGCUCUGCUAGCCUCCAUGCUGGAUGUAGAGGCCUUCCGUCAGGGCCGCUCCUACGACCUGAAGAGUCCCCUGUCCUGGGCCGACGGCCUGGCACUGAUACACAGCUGUCCCCAGGACGCCCACCUCCUCACCCUGCUGGGGCAGAGCCUGGUGGCAGACCCCGGCCUGGGGACAGCAAAGGGGAGCCCCAGUCGGACCAGAGGGAACCACAGAAGCAGAGAGCCUUACUCCAGACUCAAGGGCCUGCUGCCCACCAGGUUGAUCCAGUACCCACCACUCCCUUCUAAAGGAGGAAUCACCGUGACAACAGAGGACCUAGACUGUCUGGACAGUGGCCAGUUCCUCAAUGAUGUCAUCAUCGACUUCUACCUUAAGUAUCUUCUCCUGGAGCGGGCCCCGGGGCCCCUGGCAGAGAGAUGUCAUGUCUUCAGCAGCUUCUUCUACAAGCAGCUGACCCGCCGGGACACGUCCCUGGAGGAGGAGGCUGCCAUCCCGGCCAGGGACAGGAGACACCAGAGGGUGAGGACGUGGACCCGCCAUGUUGACAUCUUCAACAAGGACUACCUGUUUGUGCCGGUCAAUCACAAAGCCCACUGGUACCUUGUGGUGAUCUGUUUCCCUGGCCUGGAGCAGGCCCAGCAUGAGGAGUGGUCUGGCCCAGCUGGAGUGGAGGCCAACGGGAGGAAGAGGAAAUGCCAGCCCCAGGCUUCAACUGGGCCUUCUCCAGAGGCCAGCAACCCCAAACUGCAGAACGGAGCAGUUGGAACAGGGGGAGACAGUGGGAAACCUACAUUGAGGACCCACAACCCACCAGCGUGUACCCAAGAUGGUUGUCAGAGGGAGACCAUCAUUAAGAAACCCUGCAUUCUCAUCAUGGACUCCCUGAAGAUCUCUUACCAUGAGAGCAUCUAUAAGCUCUUGCGGGAUUACCUACAUGUAGAGUGGGAGGUGCGUAGAGGAACACGCAGAGACUUCACUGUAGACAGUAUGAAGGCUUCCCACUGUACAGUCCCUGUACAGGACAACAGCAGCGACUGUGGCCUCUACCUCCUGCAGUACGUGGAGAGCUUUCUGCAGAACCCAGUGGUGCACUUUGACCUCCCCCUGCGUUUGGAGCGCUGGUUUCCACGGCAACAGGUGUGGAGGAAGAGGGAGGAGAUCCGGAGCCUGGUGAUGGAGCUGCACGGUUGCCGGGGCAACGGCGGGAGCAGCUGCAGGUAGCCACGGUACCUGAUCAGCAAUGCACUACUACUACAAUACCCCUAAACUGUGAAGGACUUUGACUUUUUAAAUGUACAAUACAUGGAAUAUUUAUACUAUUUUUGUAUUACAAUUUUUUUUCAAUAAAAUGUCACAGGAUGUUUGUUUCUCACUUGUAUGUAAUGUGCAUGUACAAAAUAAUAGGAUCGUAAAAUGGAAUAAAAUUGUUCAUGUAAUGUUUAGUUUUUAUGUUAUGUUAUAGAAAAGAGCAUUUGGAAUGGACAUAUGAGUGAGCGCUCAAAUCUAGUUUGCUGAGCAAAAGUGUAACUCAUGUACCCAGAACAGGUUUCUUUUUCAAAUGUCCUUAUGACUCACACAUAAAACCACUAUAAAUAUUAAAGUCAAUAUUACUCAGUUAUUCCUGUUCAGUGUGUCAGGCUGUUGUUUCUGACCAUCAGUCAUAAAGGACUCAAUAUGCACAUGAUUGUUUGCAGCUGCUAAACAAUAGUGUUAUCACUACAGACAAGUCAACACGUUGGCAGUGUUUUAGUUUUGGCUUCUCAUGUUGUAGCUGCUUAGUUUGUAAGGAAAACCCCGUGUUGCAGUGGGGAACACUGAGUAAGCUUACACAAUGACCACUUGUAAUAUGAGGAUUAGAACAGCACCUCUCCCCUGUUCUGUUUACAGGCAGAACUCAAUUCCCCUUUGUGUUUGUGCUGUAUGAAAGUCUAUGGACCUGACUCACUCUCAUAAGAAACAGAAAUAAUUCUCCCCACACAGUAAAGGGUUUCCAUUUGAGUUUCUGUUUGUUUUCACGGUGUAAACAUUGAUUUGUUAAUGGCAUGUUUAUAAUGAUGUAUUUACAAUGAUGUAUUUAUAAUGUGGUAUAUUCCUGGAUUAAAGAUGCCCCCAAAGUCUACCUAGCAA